GGAACUUCCUAGUACUUUACUUUUGCAUCGCGGCGGCUUUGCUGAAAGUCAGGAGGAGGAUUCGAGCGCGCGCUCAAUUCAUCAUUUUCACUUCCGCGUUCACGGUUCUUUAUCUGUUAAAGUUCCGAAAACACAACCAGACUGAAAGAUGAGUUGGCAAGACUACAUCACUAAUCUGCUCAGUAACGAUGGGGUGGAGGACGCCUCCAUCAUCGGGCUCGAUGGGAGUGUGUGGGCAUCGUGUGAGACCGGCUGGCUGAGGAAUCUCUCGUUAUCUGAGGUGAAGGCACUCUGUGGUUCCCAUGGUGACAUGUUUUGUAAUGGCGCGACCUUAGCGGGCAAAAAGUGCGCAAUUGUGAGGGAUGACCCCGAUGCCCACACCCUCGACCUGAAAAUGAAGGUCACAGACAAAGACCCUGAUCCCUUAUUCAUCACUGUUGGCCAAUCACAUAAGGCUCUAGUUAUAGCUCGAGGAAAGAAAGGUGGUACUGGAGGACACGUCAAUCCUCAUGUCUUCAAGAUUGUUGAGCACCUCCGGCAGUUGGGUUUCUGAACCCCCUCUUUCUCCUGCGCGCGCACACACACACACACAUACAUACACACACCACACACAUACAUACAUACACACUCACACUCUUAGAUUGAGCAACAAGUGAAGAUGAGUCUGCAUGCGGGCAGUUGUGUUGCUUGGUUGAUCAGAUAGACUGCAUACACACAUCGAAGCAAUUCCAGCAUAUUCACUUCACUCAAUCGGGAGAGCAUGCUGCAGUGAUUAAUUGAUUCAGCCCCUGUCAGUUUGAUUGGAUGGUACUCCUUAUGGAAUGGGUGGAGCAUCUCAGGCAUUUGUUUUAGUUUUUUUUUUUUGGAUUAUUUUGAUGCUGAAAUGAACAAAUGUUACUGUUAGAGAACAUAAUAAAAUGUAUUGUGAAAUGA